GCCUUACUCUUCUUCUUUCUCUCCCCUAACGUUUGUGGGGAGCCUUCGUAUCUUCUGGUAGUUUAAGUGCCCGUAGCUACUGCCAGCGCGUGUGUUAUGGUAGUAUUUAAUUAACAGUGCACAUAUUGCCUUAACGUUUUGUAUUGGUGUUCAAAUGUUUGUUGAAGUGCCACGAAUCAAUGGUGCAUUUAUGGUGGUUUAGUGAUGCGUGAGUGAGUGAUGAGUGGUGGCAUGCACACAUAUGUGCGUGUGGGUUAGCAAUGCAGUUGGUGCUACUCAACUCGCUCCUGAUGUUCGACAUAGUGUUCAUGUUCUUCCUGUUCCUCGUGGGGGUCUCCUGUGUCGCGUACUAUCUGCCCGCUCGCCCACCACACCGCUUUGAAGAGGAGGACCCUGAAACCCUCCCGUUGUACAGAAUCACCACUAAGAAUCCACGGCGACUGUGCGCCUUCUGCUUUUGUUGUCCCGUCACUCGUCACGUUCACAGUGGGAAACCUCAAGACGUCUAGCAAAAGUGGUUGAUGCAUCGUGGAACAGAUGAAAUACUGAAUGCUUUGAAGGCCUACAACAAAGAAGCUUGGUUUGGCGUUUUCCACACCAGCAAUAAUGAAUACUCCCUGUCACAGCAGUUGUAAUAAUGUGUCUGGUACAUGGCCGCGUGUGGUACAAGAGGUUGGGUCUGCUCACAAGAAAGGUUCUACCCUACCUUCGCCACACAUCCCUGUUAAAUCUGGACUACAGACACUAAGAACGGAGAAGAAACGUCACCCAGUACAGCGAGCACCGUCCAGGUUGUACGAGGUAGACAGGAACAACCCGAGACAGGACAAAUACCGAGGGCCGACUACAUGCAUCGGACCGGAGUUUGUAGUCAGGGCUGCCAACCCACCGAGAGUCAUACAUGUGGGAGAUGUAAAGCCAGCAUUGAGGAGAAAAUUGAUUGUCAUUCUUUUGAAUGGACAAAAAGUUGAAAUUACUUGCGACCCCUCGUCGACCACUGCCUCUCAGAUAUUUGAGGUUAUAGUGGAGAGCGAAGGAAUUUCAGAGAAUUUCACUUUGGGACUCGCUAUGCUCGUGUCCGGAGACUUCAUGUUUCUUCCUCCAGAGGUUCGUCUACACAAGAUGGCUCCAUCAGGGUGGGGCAACAGUACUCAGAAAAAUCACCCUUACUACAGCUUUACUCUCUAUUUGAAAAUCAAAUUCUUCCUUACACCCCUACGAUGUUUCAGAUCAUGGAGCUGGAAACACUUGUUAUAUCUGCAGCUAAGAAGGUGCCUUUUGGAGAGACAGUUGCGAUGUGAGACUAAAGACAUGAUGACUCUUGCCGGGCUCGCCUUGCAGGCAGAGUUUGGGGACUUCAAUGUUGAGGAGCAUGGCUGUGGAGAUUAUUUCCUGCCCGAGCACUACCUACCAGAGGGAAUGUGGAGAGAAGGCGAGGCUGGAGUGGUGAGAGAACUGCAACUGUUACACAGAGAGAGACGUGGCCUGGACCCUGGCAGGGCAGAGGAGAUGUUCAUCUCAUACUGUCAGAGGCUGUCAGAGUACGGCACACACCACUACUCAGCUGUCACAGUGAGUGUCUAG